AUGAUACAUACCGAGCCUAAAUUCUCUACGGCCCCGGAAGACUCUACUAGUGCCCUCCUGGAUACAGAAAAUGACUCAAGAGACUCAGUUAGUGCACCACUAGAGGCUUCCGAUAACGAAGACGAUGAAUGGUUAGCAAAUGAUGACCCUGAUCGCAAUCAAACUGGUUUCGCAAGACUUCUUAAAACCCACGAUUCUCAGAUAUAG